AUGAUUUUUUCAAAGCAAGUAUAUUUAUGGUUUUUAUUUACAAUCCACAUAAUCGUCGGAAAUGACAUAAAUAAAACUUUUGAACAAGAAAUUAAUGCAAAACGUUUCUUAAACGACGUUAAUAAUAAUUCUAUAGAAAUUGUAUCGAAAUUGAUUAGUUCAGAUUAUUUAACAAAUAGAAAAUAUAUUUAUGAACAAGUUAAGUUAUAUUAUCCUUGGAAAAAUUUCACAGAUCCAGAUGUGCGACGAAAAUUGAAAUUAUUUUCCGAAAUCGGUAUUCUCGCAUUAUCCGACGAAGAUUAUGAACGUUAUCAAAAAAUAAUAUCAGAAGUUAGAAAAAUAGAACAAACUACAGUUAUUUGUAACUUUAGAAAUAAGUCAAAAUGCGAUCUUCACUUACAGCCAGAUAUUGAAGAAAAAUUAAAAACAAGUCAAAACUCUGAUGAACUACUGUAUUUACAUAAAAAAUGGCACGAAUCUACAGAUGAUAAAAUAAUUCAACUUUUUAAAAAUUACAUUUUACUCAGUAAUCGAGCUGCAAACCUUAACAAUUAUACAGAUUUCAAAAAAUAUUCUUUAAGAAAUUUCAUUGAAAUGGGCGAUGUUAAAAAUGAACUUAUUUCAUUAUGGGACAAAAUUAAACCUCUUUACGAACAACUACACGCUUACGUCAGAAGAAAAUUGUUGAAAAUUUAUGGAGAUAAAAUUAUGUCUUCGACAGGUCCCAUUCCAGCAUACCUACUCGGGGAUAUAAGGCUGGAAAAUUGGUCAGGUUUGUCAAAGAAAAUUGUUCCUUUUCCGGAAGUUGAUAAUUUAAAUAUAACAAAAUAUAUGAUCGAAAAGAAAUACACUCCCGAUACGAUACAUAAUUUGGCUCAAGAAUAUUUUGAAUCAAUGAAUAUAAGUGUUAAUUAUAAUUUUUGGAUAAAUAAUUCAAUGGAACAGAAAGAAAUUAAUCAAUGUCCGACAAACAUAUUUAAUUUUUACGAUGGAAACGUGAGAAUAAUGGAUUGCAAUGGCGUUUCUUUAAAUAAUUUUUUAUUGGCUCACAAUUUGGUAACCAAAGCUCACUACAUGGUAGAAUAUAGCAAACAACCCUACGUGUAUCAAAUGCCUGCCGAUCCAGCAUUAGAAAUGGCUAUAAAUGAUAUAAUUGCAAUGUCAGCAUCAACAUUAUCUAACUUGAAAAGAAUAGGCCUUUUCGAAAAGGAUAUAAUUAAUAAAAAAAUCCGAAUAAACAAAUUAUUCAAAUUGGCCCUUGAAAAAGUAGUCAACUUGCCGUUUUUUUUAGUACAAGAAUUAUGGAGGUGGAAAUUAUUUGAAGGAAUGACUAUCGAAAAAUCUUUUGCAUAUUUACGAAAUUUGAGGGAAACGUUUCAAGGAAUAGUAUUUCCCUUUGAGCUUGGUAGCGGUCCCCUGGGAAGAAAAGCUUUUUCAGACCUAUCAUUAGUUCAUAAUUUUUUGGGAUAUUUUUUAGAAUUUCAAAUAUACGAUAAUCUAUGCAAAGAUGAAAUAAAUUUAGACGAAUGUAAUUUGGCUGAUAAUAAAGAUGCUGGUAUGAUUUUAAGGAAGUUAAUGAGCUCUGGUUCUUCAAAGAGUUUGAAAGAAACUUUGGCCGGUAGUCUGAAUGAGAGCAAAAUAAAAGCGCGAUCUAUAAUUAAAUUCUUUAAGCCGUUAAUGAAUUGGUUAAAACAACAAAAUAAUAUUAACGAAGAGUACAUAGGAUGGAAAAAUAAAUUAAAGACGAAUAAUAGAUCGAAAAGGAGAAAAAGAUCGGCCGUAGAUUAUUUUUCGGAAUUGGAUGAUGAGGAUGAUACAUUUAAUGCUGCAUCUAAAGUAUUAAAUAAAUUUCAACGCAGCGUACCUUUAAAUAAUGAAAAAGAAUUACUUAAGUUAAGUACACGAAAGAGAAAAAAUGUUAGGAAUGGUGACGUAGGAGAGAAAUUGAUAAAACGAUUUCAAACACUCAAAACAGUAUUAAUGUCAAGGACAGUGAAAGACAAGGGAAAUCAAUGGAAAAUAAUGAAAAUGAAAUUGAAAAUGAUGGAAAAUCAUUUGCAUAUUCUAAAUUAA